GAUCACUGGUUGGAUGAGUUGAUGAUGUCAUCAGAUCUGUACGAAGAAGUCCGUUUGUAUCGCUCGGCUCGAGAGCGCGAGUCGUACGACAAUUUGGCCGAUUUGUAUGCCGUCAUCAAUAGUGUCCAGUGUCUGGAGAAGGCGUACAUCAAAGACAGUGUGACGGCGAAGGAGUACACCGGCGCCUGCAGUAAGCUUUUGGUCCAAUACAGACAGGCCUUCAAACAGGUCCAGUCGGCCGACACGCCCGACAUCGAGGCCUUCAUGAGUAAGUAUCGCUUCUCGUGUCCGGUGGCGAUGGAGCGCAUCCGCGAAGACCGACCCAUCACUAUCAAAGACGACAAGGGAAACACCAGCAAAUGCAUCGCUGACAUCGUCUCACUCUUCAUCACUAUUAUCGACAAAUUAAGGCUCGAAAUCAAAUCCAUGGAUGAGGUCUGA